AUGAGCCGCGAGCUCUCCUUUCUUGUCAAACUUCUUCUGAGCAUCACGAAGUUCACGUCUUCUGAGUGUUUCGAAUUUCGUGUGGAGCAGACUGACUUGAUAUUGGUAUUCGUACAUGUUCCCCACAUGCUUGGCCAACACUCUCUCCGUAUCGCACUUCUCGAACACACUCAUUGGGCAGUUGAUGUCGUGGAGUUUGUCCAAUGCGAGGCUACGAUUGACUCCGAGGAUAAGCAUCUCAGUGUACUUUUUGACGAUGCGAUCGCGUUCGCCAACUUCGUCGACUACUACUCAGCAGGAACCGUCGAGCUUCUCUUCGUCCCCUCAACGAGUCAAUACUUUUUCCUCGAACUGAAUCCACGUCUCCAAGUAGAACAUCCGUGUACAGAAUCAGUUUGUGAUGUGAAUGUGCCAGCACUCCAAUUCCAAAUUGCAAUGGGACGGGCACUGAAAGAUAUUCCAUGUGUCAGACGAUUCAAGGAGCGAGAGGAGAAGGGAGAGAACGGAAAGAUGCAUUGUAUGGCGGCGAGAGUCACGUGCGAGGAUCCGAAUGAUAGAUUCCUUCCGUCGACUGGAACUGUGAGAUCUCUGAAAUUCAAUUCCACUUCGAAAGCGUGGGCGUACUUCUCACUAUCAGAUGGAAGUACUGUACACGAGUUCGCCGAUUCUCAGAUUGGACACGUCUUUGCGAGAGGAAGAGAUCGAUCCGAAGCGAUUACUAAUCUGAAACAUGCCCUUCAUAAUCUGAAGAUUGAUGCCACGUUUCCAACACAAUCCGACUAUUUGAUUGAUUUGUUGUCACUUGAGAAAUUCAAAUCGAAUCAAUAUGAUACGCAAUGGUUGGAUCAGCGAAUUGCGAAGAGAGAGCAGCAGAAAUUGACGCUCCCCGUCGACCAUCUUAUUGCUAUCAGUUCAGCUGCUAUCGGACGUUCGAAAAUACGUGGAAUCUUCGAGAAAUAUGAGAAACAAUUGAGAUCUGGAAAGAUUGUCCUACCGGUUGAGCUAUCCAGAAGUACAGAAGUCGACCUGCAAUUUAAUAAUAUGAAAUAUCUGAUUCAUGUCUAUGAGGAGACUCCAUUCAAAUAUCAUUUGAGGAUUGGAGACUCCCAACAGCAGACUACUGUAGAAAUGCUCAAAUAUGGCUCACAAAAUCUCGCAAUCCAUCAAGGAAAAUCGACGGAUUAUGUGUUGGAAGAGACCGAUGAGUUUUAUUUCAUUAAAAUCGGUGGAAACAAACUGAAAUUCUCGAAAAUGGACACGAAUGACGCCUCGUGUCUGAGAUCUCCGUAUACUGGAAAAUUCCUCGAGUACAAAGUUCAGACGGGAGAGUUUUUGGAGGUUGGACAGACUUAUGCACAGAUUGAAUCGAUGAAAAUGGUGUUUGAUGUGGUGACGAAGGUGGCGCCGGGAAGACUGAUCCCAAUCGCUAAGGAAGGUGAUCUCAUCAAUCCGGGAACCAUAUUGGGACGGCUCGAGAUUGAUAAAGCGAUUCAGGAUCAGUUGACGACGAGUGAGAAGUUUGAUGGAGAGAUGAAGGGGUGGAGAGUGGAGGAGAAGACGGAUUUUGAGAAAGCUCAACUGAUUCUCGAAGGACGCGGACCAAUGGAUUAUCCCAUCGAUUCCGUUGUCAAUGGACUCUUCCAGGAAUCUUCUUCUGAAUCCACUUGUGACAGAAUCUCGGAACUCAUUCAAUUCUUUAUGGAAACUGAUCGAUUCUUUGAUUCUCGCAACGGAUUCGAUGAAUCCGUCCAACAACUUCUGGAGACAGAGAAGAUGAAUUACGAGAGAGUCGUCGAUUUGAUUCACUCGAAUACUCAUAUGAAAACGAAGGAGAAGUUGAUUCUGACGAUUUUGGGAAGGAUAAUCGAAUCGGGGAUGGAUUUUGGAUACUCUCUUCGAGAACUUUUGAAAUACUCACAGAUGAAACAACUCAAAUCGAUUUCCUCACUGACCGCCAGAGUCAUUUAUCGAUAUUUCCAAAAACAAGAGUAUUCUACGACGGAUUGCAAAGUGGACAUCAAGAAAUCCUCGUUUUCUACGAAUGUCGCUUCGAUGAGAUUCAAAAAUGAUAACUUAUUCACGUCUUCUGCUGAAUUCUCAUCUGUUAUCAAUGGGGCAUUGCUGGAAUUCGAAUGUUUUAAAUCUGAAUUCAAAAAUAUUCAAUUUGUGGCAAAUCGCAUCGAAUUAUCCAUUGAUUUCUCGGUUUCCGACGCUGAAAAUAUCAUUUUGGAAAAUGAGAAGAGACUAGAGGAGGCUGGAGUCAAGGAUAUCAUUCUAGUCACCGCAUCAUCUGAAGUUUUGAGAUUUUGUCUCGAAAUUGAAUGUCUCAUUUCGAAAGAGUCAUCUUCUACAGUAAUCCCUGAAUUCGUUGCACCAGCCAGACGAGACUUGAAGCGAUACGUGGCCAGACUGAAUCGGACGACAUACAUCUAUGAUUUCCCUCGAUUAUUCUGCCACGUGGUGGCGGCUUCAGAUGCCCAAAAUCCAGAGGAAAUCAUGGAUCUUCAAGAAUUCAUCGUCGAUGAGAACCACCAACUCCAAAUGAUUUCCGAUCCAGAAGAGCUCGAAAAACGGGCGGCGCACGGACUGAAUACGUGUUCCGUGGUAGCGUGGCUCGUAAAAUUGAAAACUGAAAAUGAUCGAGAAUUCGUAUUGAUUGGAAAUGACGUCACUUAUCAAGUUGGAUCGUUCGCCCAGCCGGAGCAUGAGCUAUUUGAGAUGGCUAGUAAAUUGGCCAGGGAGAAGAAGAUUCCACGAAUCAACAUCUCAUGCAAUUCGGGAGCCCGAAUCGGUCUUGCUCGUGACGUUUUGGACAUUCUGAAAGUAAAACUGAAACCGAACGGUCAUGAUUUCGAUUAUCUCUACAUUGAUUCGUCUGAAAAAGAGCGAAUCGGCGAUCAGAUUGUAUAUGAGCAACACGGCGAAGAGCUGAAAUUGAUAGCAGUGAAAGGAAAGAAGAAUGAGUUUAUCGGAGUUGAGAAUCUAAUGGGAUCAGGAGCAAUUGGUGGAGAGACGUCGAGAGCGUAUCGAGAGAUUCCAACGUAUUGUUAUGUGACGGGACGGUCUGUUGGUAUUGGAGCGUACACGGCGAGACUGGCGAGACGGAUUAUUCAGCAUAAGAGAUCUCAGUUGAUAUUGACAGGAGCCACUGCGUUGAAUACGUUAUUAGGGAAGAAGGUGUACGCAUCCAACAACCGACUAGGAGGCGUCGAAAUUAUGGCUAACAACGGAAUCGCUCACUCUGUCGUGGAUUCUGACGUGGAUGGAGUGCGGAAACUCGUCAAAUGGCUCCGUUAUCUACCUGUCAAACAGAAGAUGUUCCCAUUCUUCAAGUGUUUUGAGACGACUCCAGAAGACGUGAAACUAGAAGACGUCGAGGUCGGGAAGGAUGAGAUGCAGAUGGAUGUGAGGAGAGUCAUCGAUGGAUUUGAUGGGAGACAAGGAAUAUUCGAUGCUCAAUCGUUUGAUGAGAUCUGCACAUCAUGGGCGGCUUCUAUCGUAACAGGACGGGCGACACUGAAUGGAUUACCGGUUGGAGUGAUUGCUUCCCAAUGGAAAUCGUAUGAAAAGAGACAGUUGGCUGAUGAAAGUGUGGAGAAGAGUGAGGAGACGAUAGUGGCAAGAGCCGGACAAGUUUGGUACCCUGAAUCUGCGUUCAAAACGUCUCAAGCGAUCUCCGACUUUAAUCGUGAAUCCCUGCCUCUUGUUAUGAUUGCGAGUCUCCGAGGAUUCUCCGGUGGACGGAAGGAUAUGUCGGAUCAGGUGCUCACUUUUGGAGCACACAUUAUCGAUGAGCUCUCACAGUAUCAACAACCGGUUAUUGUCUAUAUUCCGGCGGGUGGAGAGUUGAGAGGAGGCGCGUGGGCUGUCGUUGACUCCAAUGUGAAUAGUGGAUUCGUGCACGUCAUUGCUGAUGAAUCGUGUCGUGGAGGAAUUCUGGAGCCCAAUGCAGUCGUCGGAAUCAAGAUUCGAGAUGCUCAACUUGGCAGAAUAAUGGAGAGAAGUGGAGUGAGACCUGACGGCGUCGAGGAUUCUGUGAAGAGUGCAUUCAAGAAGGCGUGCGUCGAUUUCGCCGACAUGCACGAUCGAUGGCAACGAAUGCAACAUGUUGGAGCGAUCAGCCACGUGACGAGCCUUCAGAAUACACGUGACGUCUUCUGGAGAUUGUUGAGACGAGAGAUGAUUCUGAUUGAGAUGGCGAAUCAGUAUAGAAGUGCACCGAUUCUUCCGAAACCGACGAAUUCAGAAGCGUUGGAAUGGGUGAAGCAUAAGGUUGGAGAUGAUCUUCGGAAGUAUUUCAACGAUGGAUUCUAUGGAGACGUCACCCAGGAGAUUCAGGAAUCGAGGAGAAGAUUCGAGAAGGAAUGUGCCACGUGGCACCAAUAA